CAGGGUUUCUGGACAGCGCCCCGAGCAGGCUGCUGUCACUGGCCUCUUCCUCCUUCAUCUCUGCCAGGGUUGCCCCUCUGGUCCCCCCUGCUGCUGAGAAAGAAAAUUACAUCGGGAUCCAUGCAGCCCGCAAUGAUGAUGUUUUCCAGUAAAUACUGGGCCAGGAGAGGGUUGUCCCUGGAUUCAGCAGUGCCUGAAGAGCAUCAGCUAGUUGGCAGCUUAACACUAAAUAAAGCUAUUGCUGGCAAGAAUGAGGACAAGAGGGGAAGCAAAGGGAGCGGCAGAAGUGACACCGCGGAGAGCGGCAAGACGGCAGUUGUGUUCUCCUUGAAGAAUGAGGUCGGAGGGCUGGUGAAAGCACUGAGACUCUUCCAGGAAAAACAUGUCAACAUGGUUCACAUUGAAUCCAGGAGAUCCCGGCGAAGAAGCUCUGAAGUUGAAAUCUUUGUGGACUGCGAAUGUGGCAAAACCGAGUUCAACGAGCUCAUCCAGCUGCUGAAAUUUCAGACCACCAUCGUGACCCUGGAUCCGCCUGAGAGCAUUUGGACCGAGGAAGAAGAACUGGCGGAUGUGCUGUGGUUUCCUCGGAAGAUCUCCGAGUUAGACAGGUGCUCGCGCAGAGUUCUCAUGUACGGAACCGAGCUUGAUGCGGACCACCCAGGAUUUAAGGACAAUGUCUAUCGACAGAGGAGGAAGUACUUUGUGGAUGUGGCCAUGGGUUAUAAAUAUGGCCAGCCCAUUCCUAGAGUGGAGUAUACAGAAGAAGAAACUAAAACUUGGGGCGUUGUGUUCCGGGAGCUCUCCAAACUCUACCCCACCCAUGCUUGCCGAGAGUACCUGAAGAACUUCCCCCUGCUGACCAAGUACUGUGGCUAUCGUGAAGACAAUGUGCCUCAACUGGAGGAUGUCUCUGUGUUCCUGAAAGAGCGGUCUGGCUUCACAGUGAGACCGGUGGCUGGCUACCUGAGCCCGAGAGACUUCCUGGCUGGCCUGGCCUACCGAGUAUUCCAUUGUACUCAGUAUGUGCGGCAUGGCUCUGACCCCCUCUACACCCCAGAACCAGAUACAUGCCACGAACUCUUGGGACACGUUCCACUGCUUGCAGAUCCGAAAUUUGCUCAGUUUUCCCAAGAAAUAGGCUUAGCGUCCCUGGGAGCAUCCGAUGAGGACGUGCAGAAGCUAGCCACGUGUUAUUUCUUCACAAUCGAGUUUGGUCUUUGCAAGCAAGAAGGUCAACUGCGGGCAUAUGGAGCAGGGCUACUUUCCUCCAUUGGAGAAUUGAAGCAUGCUCUUUCUGACAAGGCGUGCAUAAAAGCCUUUGACCCAAAGACAACCUGCUUGCAGGAAUGCCUGAUCACCACCUUCCAGGAAGCCUAUUUUGUAUCAGAAAGUUUUGAAGAAGCCAAAGAAAAGAUGAGGGACUUCGCAAAGUCAAUUGCCCGUCCCUUCUCAGUAUACUUCAACCCCUACACACAGAGCAUUGAAAUUCUGAAAGACACCAGAAGUAUCGAAAAUGUGGUGCAGGACCUACGCAGUGAUUUGAACACGGUGUGCGAUGCCCUGAAUAAAAUGAACCAGUAUCUGGGGAUUUGAUGCCCAGAACCAGCAUUGUUGUCAGCAUGAGCUUUUGGGGGCUUAGCCACAACUCAAUCGAUGUUAUCUGACAUCAAUAACUUUCUGUGUCAUGGUUAACUAGUCAGCAUGCAAUUCUGUAUGUCUUUGCCUCGGAGCAAUUUACGUUGUUAAUAUACAAACAUACUCUAAGGAACCCAUGCAGAUAACCAUCCGUCAUUUGAAAGACUGUGAUGUAGUUAUAUGUCUCAAAUAGAUUUGACACUUCUGAUUAGCAGGUAAACUUCAAUGUAAACAAACUGUGUCUUUAAAAUUUGCAACAGACAUUCCUCACAGUUCUAGUUGUUAAUUUUUUUUCUUUUCCUUGACCCCGGGACUUUCCCUCUAUGUUCAUUAAGUAAAAUGAAAAUAGCCGGGGACUUAGUGUCUAAUUUCCAUAGUAGCAGUGUUAUUUGAGACAAACUAGAGUUGGUCCAAGCUUCUCAUCACAGUCACAAAAGAUUUAGUAUUCGACUCCAGUGUUGUUAUGAAACACAGUAGUUGAAAAGAUUCUGGACCUAGUGUUCAUCCCAUGCAAGAAAAGAAAGCUUCUUAUGAACAGGAUGUAUAGGUUGCACUGACCUUGUUGAAACUGAUUUGCGGCAAGCUUCCUGACGUGUUUUCCUGAAGGAAACACUUCGAGACUAUUUGGAAAGCUUAAACACAAGGGUAAAACAUCUUCGGAAUGUUGAAUGUGUAUUGUUGGAAUAAAGGGAAUUAAUCAUU